AUGGCAGAUUCUCCGUUUCCAGAUUUGAACGUUUCUGAUUUUGGUUUCUUAAAUGAUAUAACCACUAGACAAAUGUGCAGUUACUGUGGCAAAUCUCGAAUGUACUACUGUUACACAUGCUUCAAACCACUAGCCACACUUCAAGAUAAGAUGCCUGAUGUUCAGCUUCCAUUUUAUGUUGAUAUCAUCAAACACCCAGGUGAAAUAUGUGGCAAGAGUACUUCGGUGCAUGCUGCCAUCCUGUCCCCGCGCCACGUCAACAUCCACAUCUAUCCAAACAUUCCUCAGUAUCUAGUCAACAAUGUUGUAGCAGGUAAGGAGGAUGAAAAUCAGUUUGGAGGAAGCACUGUGCUCUUGUAUCCGUGCAAGGAGUCAUUCCCAUUGAAAGAAUUCGUGGCCACCAGGUUCAACAACAUGCAACAGAAGAAAAUUGAUGUUACUCAUGGGGUGUUGCAGAGAGUUGUUUUCAUUGACAGCACAUGGUUCCAAGCCUACAAGAUACUUACAGAUCACAGAUUGCAGAAUAUCCCACGCAUCGAACUUGACGCGUAUGAAACAAAGUUUUGGCGCUACCAACUGGACAAACCAUCCACAUAUUUGUCUACCAUUGAAGCUAUUUAUUAUUGUGUCAAAGAGUACAGCGCUUGUAUUAAACAGUUAUCACACGAUUCUGGUUGCGAAUCGCAUGUAAACACACGUUUAUUCAGCAAAGAAUUAAUCACCACAUCUGAUGUAUCAACAAAAACGGGUUUGACAAUUACAAAAUCAAAUGAAGAUUGCGUUGGAUAUGUGAAUCCCGAAUCAAAUGUAAAACCGUUAAUAAAUCUCAAUGAACCAAAUUAUGAUGAUCUAUUAUUUUUCUUUUGUUUCUUUUAUUGUAAAAUAAGAAAAAACGCUAGCGAAUCUGGUCGAAUAUUAAAGUCCUACUCCCAGCAAAGGAAAAAGAAACAGUGACGACAAAAAUUUGGACGGUUAUGAAAAUAAAAUAAUAAUUUUCAAAAGUUUAUAUUUACUUUUGUUAUUGCUUACAUGAAUAAAACAGUAAAUAAUCAUUGAUAAAAAA